AUGGCCAAAAUCAAGAAGAGAGGAGAGUCCGGAGCGGCCAAGAACUACAUCACCCGUAACCAGGCCCUCAAGAAACUCCAGAUCUCCCUGUCCGACUUCCGUCGCCUCUGUAUCUACCCUCGCGACCCUCUCCACAAGAAGCGUGCCAACAAGGGAUCGUCCGCCCCUGCUUCGUUCUACUACCACAAGGACAUCCAGUACCUUCUUCACGAGCCUCUCCUCGUCAAGUUCCGCGAGCACAAGGCUUUCGCCAAGAAGCUUGCCCGCGCCGUCGGCCGUGGCGAGUGGGCUCUCGCCAAGAACCUCGAGGAGAACAAGCCCGUCACCCGCCUCGACCACAUUGUUCGCGAGCGCUACCCGACCUUCACUCUCGCUCUCCAGGACCUCCAGGACCCCUUGAACCUCGUUCACCUGUUCUCGACUCUUCCCACCAACCCCAUUCCCGGCAAGACUCUCGUCCCGACCGAGGUUAUCACUGAGUGUAGCCGCCUCAUCAACGAGUGGAAGGUCUGGGCUAUCCGCACUCACUCUCUCCGCAAGGUCUUCCUUGGCAUCAAGGGUGUCUACUACGAGUGCGAGGUUCCCGGACACGGUGGCGACCUCGUUAACGUUCGCUGGCUCGAGGGCUUUGAGUUCCAGCAGCACGUUCCUCACGAUGUCGACUUCCGUAUCCUCCUGACCUUCCUCGAGCUCUACCGUACGCUCACCUCCUUCGUUCUCUACAAGCUCUACACCGACGAGAACCUCGUCUACCCUCCUCCUCUCGACGUUGAGCAGGACGAGAAGGGAGAGACUGUUGGUGCUUUCCGCCUGGUCGAGAAGAAGGCUACUGGUGCCGCGGGUGCCGAGGGUGUUUCGAAGAAGGCCGUUAAGCGCGCCAUCAAGGGCAUCUCCGCUUCUGGAGCCGCUGCUGACGAUGAGGACGUUGAGAUGGAUGACGAGGAGGACACGAUCGAGGCCGAGGAGGACUUCGUCGAGCGUCCCUCGAAGAACGUUGAGGUCGAGGACGUUGCCUCUGGACCUCUCCCAACGUACACCUCGCUCCUCGCCUCUUCCGACCCCAGCUCUUCCAAGAAGCAGCUCCUCUUCUCCCCCUACACCUUCUACCUCUCUCGUGAGACCUCUUCCCGGACGUGGGAGUUCGUCAUCCGCGCCAUGGGCGGAAAGGUCGUCACUUCGCUGGCUGCCCCUGCCCCUGGAGAGGCUCCUCAGGCUGACAGCAUUACCCACGUUCUCAUUGACCGCCCCAUGACCGACGAGCGGAGACGUGAGAUGCAGGGUGACCGCAAGUGGACCUGGGUCCAGCCUCAGUGGGUUGCCGACUGCGUCAACCGACAGAAGAUCCUCGGUGCUGAGGAGUACGGCCCCGGCAAGCUUCUUCCCCCUCACCUUUCGCCCUGGGACGGCGAGGGCGAGCUGGAGCGGCCAUGGCUCGAGAAGGAGAAGGAGGCUGUUGAGGAGGACGCUGAGGAGGACGAGGACGAGGCCGUCGUUGCUGAGGAGGAGGAGUCUGACGAGGACGAGGAGGAGUCUGAGGAGGUCGAGGAGCCGACAUACCCUCCUGCUCUCCUUGCUGCUGCCAAGAACCCGAAGGACAAGUCAUUGGUCCACCAGGCUGAGCUCGAGGCCGAGGCCAACGGCACUCCCCAUGCUACCUUCCAGGCUCAGCUUAAGGAGGCCACCAAGAAGUUCGGCACGUCGACGAAGAAGAAGGCUGCCGACGAGGAGGAGCCCGACAUGCGCAAGGUCAUGAUGUCGAACAAGAAGCGACGUCUGUUCGAGAAGAUGCAGUACUCGAACGCCGAGCGCCAGGCCGAGAAGGAGAAGCUCGAGAAGCGCCGGAAGGAGAUCGAGAAGCGCAAGAAGAAGGACGCUCGCGCUGCCGGCAAGGCCUAA